GGGUGAGUAACCUCGUAAAAACGCGCUUGUGCCUAAAUUGUCCAUUCCGCAUCAGGAUUAUGGGUUAGGGUCCCACUCUAAGGGCGAAUGUAUAAAAGGUUACAGCGCCUGCGGAGAGCCGAGAUUCAGUUCCUGGUCCUGGAACUAAGAUCCCAGGAGCCGGCCGAAAAAAUAAAAACGCUUACAGCCGCUGAGGUACUCAAAAGUUCGGAUUAGAGUCCCAGGCCCUUAACUUGGUCAGUGUCUGAUUGUUUCAUGUGUUAGGAAUUGGCUAGUAGGGUUAAAUUGGAUGGUCACUGAAAAACUUUAUUGAAUCUGUAUUCUGCCAUUUUGCUGUGGUCAUCCUGAAAAAAAAAAAACAAAAAAACAAAAAACAAAAAAAAACCCUUCUAAAAUGGGGAAUGGUAACAGCGUACCUGACAACACUCCCUUGAAAAGUGUUUUUCAAAGUUGGUCAAGGGUUAGCUCUAAGCCGAUGAAAAAGAAGAAAAUGCUUUACUUGUGUAACACUGUCUGGCCCAAAUACCAGCUGGAGUCAGGGGAAAAAUGGCCCCAGAAUGGGUCUUUGAACUAUAAUACUAUUUUACAAUUAGACUCGUUUUGUAAGAGACAGAAAAAAUGGGAAGAAAUCCAGUAUGUAGAAUCAUUUAUGACUUUAUAUAAGAGGAGAAAUUGGUAUAAGGAAAUUAAUGAAAACACGAUCACGAUGGGUCAGAGCCAAGACUCUCAGAAAAAGUCUCUUUUACCUGAGUCAGAGUCAAAUGAUGGUCUAGUCCCUUCAUCGCCAGCUGUUGCAGUAGCCGGACGGUCUGCCCCUCCCUCAGCGCCUGGUCCCUCAGCGCCUGGUCCCUCAGCGCCUCCUCCAGUAGCCCGUCCCUCAGCGCCUGGUCCCUCAGCGCCUGGUCCCUCAGCGCCUGCUCCAUUAGCUCGUCCCUCACCGCCUCGUCCCUCACUGCCUCGUCCCUCACUGCCUCGUCCCUCACCGCCUCCUCCAGUAGCCCGUCCCUCAGCGCCUGGUCCCUCACCACCUCCUUCAGUAGCUCCUUCCUCGGUGGCCCCUCCCUCGGUACCCCCUCCCUCGCCACCUCUUGUGAUAGCCCCUUCGUCCACACCUCUGGUGGUUCCCUCGACUUGUGAAGCGGGCCUUCCUGCAGGCAGUGCCAAGGCGUCUACCAGUCUUCCUCGGGCUGCUGGUCCGGCUCUGUACUCACCCUUAGCAGAUGAUCACGAAGGCACGGUCUCCCUUCUCUGUCCCCAUCAGGGUACUCAGUUUGGCCCAGCGAACACUCUACCUCAGACAAAGCAAUUUCUGUUAAGGCAGGUCCCAGCUGGCUUAGAUGACCAAUGCCAAUCCAGAGCAUGUGGAGUGACGCAUCAUGGUUUAUCAGUAAUAGAUUUAUUUAAUUAUAAAGCUAAAAUGCCGUCUUAUCAGGAUGAUCCCAGGAAGAUGGAACGUCUCUUUAAAGGCAUUUUUGCUGUUUAUCAUCCUAAUUGGGCUGCCAUACAGGUCCUCAUGAAUAGCCUCCUCAGUCCAGAGGAGCGCAGCAUGGUAUUAGAGAAGGCCCGUCAGGAAGCUGAAAGGCUCCGUGAGAUACACCCAGAGAGUCCAAUCAGAACUUCAGCAGAGCAGGCUCUUCCUAGAGCUGAACCAGGAUGGGAUCCCAGUGAUCCAGAAGAUCAAGCAAGGCUGGAUCAUUAUAAAGAUUGUUUAAUGAUUGGACUGCAAAAGGGGGCAAACAACUUCAAGAGGGUCCAGAAUGUAAGGCAAGGGCAGGAGGAGUGCCCAUACACCUUUCUUGAAAGGCUUCAUGAGGCUUUCCAAAAAUAUACUGAUAUUGAUCCCGAACACCCAAAUAAUAUGGGACUGGUCAAUUUAACCUUUAUCAGUCAGAGUGUCCCAGAUAUAAGAAGAAAACUACAGCAACUGGAAGAGGGACCGUGGCUGCCAACGUCUCAGUUGCUUGAGGUUGCUCUUGAAGUGUUCAGAGGCCUACUCAAAAUUCGAGAAAAGCAGGAGCAGUGCAUCUUGAGGAAGGCUGCUCUGCUCAGCCUUAACCACUCAAGACCCAGCAGGACAUCUGCAAGAAAGAACAAAUGGCCACUGGUAAGACCCCAGGGACCUCCAAAACCCAACCGGAAAGGUCAUCCAUUUGUUGGGCCACAACAGUGUGCCUUUUGUAAACAGGAAGGACAUUGGAAACGGGAGUGUCCCCAAAACAGAUGGGGCCCCCUCUCCUCCAAGACAACGUCCAUCAAUGGUGUAUUUGGGGAAGUUGCUCAGAAACCUUUUCUACAGCAGCUCCAAUGUCACAUAGAGAAAACAUCUAUAAAGUACAACUUUAUGUAUGAGUUUGAAUGUCAUAGUCCCUCAUCAGGGCAAGAGGUACUAACAAAUUUAAAUGACCGAGUGGGUUACUCAGCAGAAAAAGUAGACACCAGAGUACUCCCAGGUCAAAUUUUCACCCUCCAAGCUGCACCAUUACAAUUGGGAGACAAGACUCCAUCAGAUGUCCCUGAAGAAAUUUUACAAAAGAUAAGAGCAGACGUUUGGGCUGAUGGGACGCCAGGAAGAGCCAAGACAGCUGACCCAGUAGUAGUAAAACUCCGUCCAGGUGCCCAGGUUCCAAAUUUAAAGCAGCCUCCUUUGAAAAGGCAUGUCAAGGAAGGUAUAAAGCCUCUGAUAAACACCUUUCUUAAAUACCAAUUAAUUCGACCAUGUCAGUCCCCAUAUAACACUCCUAUCUUGCCAGUACAAAAACCUGGGACUGGAGAGUAUCUUUUUGUGCAGAAUUUGAGAGCUAUCAACCAAAUUGUAGAGGAUAUACAUUCAGUGAUGCCCAAUCCAGAUUUCUCUGGAGACUUUUCCUGGUUUACAGUUCUGAACUUAAAAGAUGCCUUUUAUUGCAUACCCCUCAGUCCUGAGUCCCAGAAACUGUUUGCAUUUGAGUGGGAUGAUCCAGAGACAAACAUAAAGCAGCAGUAUUGCUGGACGGUCCUUCCACUGGGAUUUAAAAAUGCCACCACCAUCUUUGUGGAGGCCUUUCUGAAGGACUUGAAGGAUCUCCAAUUAAAUGAAGGAAUCUUACUCCAGUAUGUGGGUAAUAUACUAAUUGCUAGUAAAACUAAGGAAGCUUCAGACCAAAAUACAGUCCUCACUUUAAACUUUUUGGCGGACCGGGGAUAUAAAGUCUCCAAAGAAAAGGUACAAAUUUCUCAACCAACUGUAAAGUAUCUAGGAGUUGAGUUGUCAAAAGGACAGAGAAAUCUGUUGCCAGAUCGAAGGGAAGCAAUAGCUGGGGUGAAUGUACCCACCACCAAAAAGCAACUGAAAAGAUUCUUAGGAAAGGCUGGGUUUUGUCGUAUUUGGAUUCCUAACUUUGGACUCAUAGUCAAACCUCUAUAUGAGGCUCUCAAAAGAAGUGUCAAUGAGCCAUUAAACUGGACUGCUGAAUGCCUUGAGUCAUUCCAUACCAUCAAGGAGAAAAUUUCAACAGCCCCAGCCCUUGGUCUCCCAGACAUUAAAAAGCCAUUUGACCUUUUUGUGCAUGAAAGACAGGGUGUGAGUCUUGGAGUGCUAACUCAAAAUUUAGAUACUGCCAGAAGGCCAGUAGCUUACCUUUCCAAACAAUUGGAUAUUGUAAGUCAAAGAUGGCCAGUUUGCUUCCGGGCUGUGGCUGCAACCUGUGACCUUUUACAAGAAGCUGAAAAGUUCACUGCGGGCAGUCCUACUAGUGUGCACACUCCGCACCGCGUGCAACCUUUACUUGAACAAAAGGGCAGAUAUUUGCUUACUUCAAAGAGGCUAGGAAAAUACCGAGCCAUCCUAUUUGACAAACCAAAUGUAACAUUAAAGGAGGUAUCUGCUUUAAACCCAGCCACUCUGCUCCCCAGUGCAACAGAAGAACCUGUUCACGAUUGUAUACAAAUAACUGAAGAACAGUAUCCCAGACCUGACCUGACUGAUCAGUUUUCAGAAAUGGUUCUAGAGAGAGGUGAUGAAAGGGGAUUUUAUGUUGACUUUUGAGACUUAGAUGAUGAUGAGUAACAAACAAAGAAGGCUGGAUAUAUAAUGAACAGGAACUAGUGCUUAGACUGCAGCAUUUAAUGGGAAGACUUAUGCUCAACUACAUCAAGGAACCCAUUAUAGGAAGGAUACAACCUAUCAUUGUCUACAAAAGUUUAUUGUUAGUCCAUAAAUGCAAAGGACCAUUCAAAAGGUAAUACAAAACCGCCUGAUUUGCACCGGAAACAACCCUAAAACUGGGCCACCUUCAACAGAACUAGGAGGUGAUUGGCAAAUAGACUUGACUGUUAGGCCAAGAGCCAUGGGACAUUAUAGAUGUUUGCUGGUAUUUGUGGACACCUUCACAGAAUGGGGUGAAGAUUUUCCACGCCAGAGAGAGCUUCCUAGGUAAAAAGGCCUUACUGAAAGAAACUAGCCCUCAUUUUGGGUUACCUCUUUCAAUUCAAAGUGACAGCGGAGGAGAUAUCAUAGCUGGGGUAACUCAAGGGUCUACGGGGCCCUUGGGCUACAGUAGAAGUUACAUGCUUGAUGGAGCCCUCAAAGUACGUCAGGAAGCCAACUUCACUUGAGAUGAGGUCUUAACAGUUGCCUUUUUGAGAAGGGUUAGAAUGGCCCCUAGAAGUGAGGGCCGCUUGAGCCCUUAUGAACUGUUAUAUGGGAGACCCUUCCUUCAGACCAUUAUUGCAGUCUUGAAAGUGAUCACGUUGUUAAAAGGAUUAGAUAGUAUAAAAUGUGUACAAUUUCUUGGUGCUGUCUUAUUCUCUAGUUGAUUAAUGUUUCCUACAGACAUUCCUUUGCAAUGCAGAAGCCCAGGGAAUUGGGUCCUCCUGAAACUUGGAAUCAUUACUUCGUUGAAGAUCAACUGCAGCCCAAGUGGAUAGACCCUAUGAAGUUCUUCUGUUUACACAUUCUUCAGUAGAGCUAAAAAGAGUUAAACCUUGGGUAUACCACUCCUGAGUAAAAAUAGUACCCAUUUCUAACCAGCAGCUCCCCGUCCCCUUUACAGUUCUCAAACAGGGCACAUUCUUUAUGGACAGGAGAAAGUAAGCGUACCAGCCUUCUUAAUACUGGUGGGUCCUGGAAACCCAUCACUGAUUUCUUGACCCCUGAUUACACUUGUGAACCCUUAACUGACCUUAAGUUACUUUUCAUAUAGAAAUAGGACAGCUAAGACUCCACCUGGCCAGGAAGAGAUGAGGACAUCUUCAAAGUAGACAGCUUCUGCUCAGAAGUCUGGUCCAGGCCUAUAUAAAUAAACAUUCAAUCACUAAAAAUGUUUAAAAUAA